AUGGCUUGUUUGGUGUUGUUUGAUUCGGGGGCGACACAUUCAUUUGUGUCCGAGGCUUGCAUGGAGAGAUUGGGUUUGGUAGUCAAGGAGCUUCAGUGUGAUCUGGUGGUUUCUACACUAGCAUCUAGGUUGGUCAGGACGUCUAUAGUAUGUUCUAAAUUUCUUAUUGAGGUUGAAGGGCGUAGGUUCAGAGUGAACCUUAUCUGCUUACCUCUACAAGGGCUAGAGGUAAUCUUGGGAAUGGAUUUUCUGUCUACCAAUCGCAUCCUUAUCGAUUGUGGUAACAAGGAGUUGAUAUUUCCUAGCGAAGGUGAAGAUAUCUCCUUGUCGAUAGUUGUGUUGAGACAAGACAUAAUGGAAGGUGCCAGUUGUUUCUUGGUCAUGUCGCAUAUGGAAGCAACUCAGGAGUCAGAUCAUUCAUCUCACGAGAAUCAGAGUGUAGACCUUUUAGUCGUGAACAACUUCAUGGAUGUUUUUCCUAAAGAAGUUCUUGGUUUACCUCCUCCGCAAGAAGUGGAGUUCUCCAUUGAUCUGGUCUCAGGAGCAAGGCCAAUAUCUAUAGCCCCUUAUCGGAUGGCUCUAGUUGAGUUGGCUGAGUUGAAGAAGCAGAUUGAAGAGUUGUUAGAGAAACAGUUUAUCUAG